CACACAAUCAGCGACCAGCAUCAUUUCACCUGAAGAGCCUCCAGAACGUGAAAUUUUAUCUCAGGGUCACUCACAGCGGACUAAUGUAAACAAACAUGUAUUUAUUGCACUUCUACGCAUUGCUGUCAGUGGUAAUACUGCAAAGUAUUUUCCUUACUGAAGCCCGAAGAAGACGGUAUUAUGAGUGUCCAGAGGAAAGGCUAAAGGUUCGAGAGAGUGCUGCUGAUAUUGUACUGACAGGUACUCUGAAAAGACUGUACAGUGGGCAGGGCGAUCUGUACAGCGGGGAGGUACAGGUCAAAAGAGUCAUCAAAGGAGAUCAUUUAAAAGCUGGUGAAUCUCUGAUAGUUGAAGGCUUCGGCAAUUCGGAUAUUUGUACGAGCAAACCGAUUCUUAAAGAUUCAAAAAUAUUUCUUUUGAGCCAGCUGCAGACUGGAAGGUUCCGUCUGAAUUCAAGCUUGAUUCAAAUCAACAUUGCAAACUUGGAGAAAAUCGCAGCUACUGUGAAAGGUGUACCAUAUCGAAGAAGAUCCCCCAUCACUGAAGAACCUUGUGAAAAGAAAUACUGUCGAUUCAACGGCGAAUGUUUCGAAGAAAACCGCAGAGCUUCUUGCCGAUGUCCAACUAGUUGCAAAGAACAUUACAAUCCAGUGUGCGGCAGCGAUGGAUUCACUUAUAACACAGAAUGUCAGCUACGGGUAGACUCUUGUAGAAAGAAGAAAAGAGUUUAUGUUCGACAUGAAGGUUUAUGUUCUCGUUCCGAAUGAGCAGUAAAAGUCCUUCACUUAGCCAUAAAAGUUGUGAUUUUUAUCAUUUAAAUAACUGAAUUGACAUAAAUAGUAUCACUCCUUGAAAAAGUAUUUAUGCAGCUUAUUUUUAUGAACGUGGCUUUAAUUACGAAGAAAAGGUGAGACUUUGUGUACCAGACAAUCAUUCGAAAUGUAUACAAUUUGUAGCUAUUUUCUAAUGUAUAAUAUUCAUGUUUUAAAUCAUAAA